AUGGCAGACGCACCGAUCGAUUGUGAUUUCCCUGUUUGGGGAUUAUUACCGAAAAAAGAAACAGGGGUAGUCUCUUUUUUAAAUAAAUAUCCAAACUAUGAUGGCAGAAAUACUGUCAUUGCAAUUUUUGAUUCGGGUGUUGACCCGGCAGCGUCAGGACUUAAGGUGACUAGCACAGGAGAGACAAAGGUUAUAGAAAGAUUCGACUGCAGCGGUUGCGGAGAUGUUGAUACAAGUACGGUUAUACGGAAAGUCGCCGAUGGUUGUAUUACCGGCAGCACAGGUCGAAAACUUAAAAUUCCAGAGUCUUGGAAAAACCCUAGUGGGGAGUGGAGGGUUGGUGCCUUAUACCCAUUUAGUUUAUAUCCUACUAAAGUUAAAGAAAGAAUUCAAGAUCACAGAAAAGAGCACCUUUGGGAUGUUGGAUAUAAACCUGCUUUGGCUGAGGCUACAAAAAAAUUACAAGACUUUGAAGAUGAAAUUGCUUCAAAAACAAAUCUUAGUCAAGAAGAAAAAAUGCAGAAGGAGGAAUUAGAGGCUAGAGUGGAAGUUUUAAAAGAGGCUGAGAAGAAAUAUAAUGAUGUUGGACCUACAUAUGAUUGUGUUUUGUUUCAUGAUGGCACUGUUUGGAGAGCAUGUAUAGACAUAUCUGAAUGUGGAGAUCUAGCCAGUGGUCCAUUACUAGGGGAGUACAGUAUAACACAUGAACAUACACAUCUCACUCCGAUAGAUGAAAUGACGAUCAGCAUCAAUGUGCAUGAUGAAGGGGACACUCUGGAAGUAGUUGGCAUGUGCUCAACCCAUGGUACCCACGUAGCAGCAAUCGCAUCCGGCUAUUUCCCAGACGAGCCAGACAAGAAUGGAGUAGCUCCUGGUGCUAAAAUCAUAUCCUUAACAAUAGGAGACAGUCGGCUUGGUUCUAUGGAAACUGGUACGGCAUUGGUGAGAGCUUGUAUCAAGGUUAUGGAACUGUCCAAGAAGAUGAAGAUAGAUGUUAUUAAUAUGAGCUACGGGGAACAUGCGCAUUGGUCGAAUGCUGGCCGCGUGGGGUCGGUGAUCAGCUCGGUGGUGAACCGCUACGGCGUGUCGUGGGUGGUGUCCGGCGGCAACCACGGGCCCGCGCUCGCCACCGUCGGCGCGCCGCCCGACAUCGCGCAGCCCAUACUCAUCGGCGUGGGCGCGUACGUGUCGGCGGAGAUGAUGCGCGCGGCGUACGCGCUGCGGGGCGGCGCGGGCGCGGUGGAGGGCGCGUUCAGCUGGAGCUCGCGCGGGCCGUGCGCGGACGGCGCGGCGGGCGUGGCGCUGUGCGCGCCGGGCGGCGCCGUGGCCAGCGUGGCGCGCUUCACGCUGCGCCACGCGCAGCUCAUGAACGGCACCUCCAUGGCCGCGCCGCACGUCGCCGGAGCCGUCGCGGUACUGAUAUCGGGCCUCAAAGACAUGAAUCUGCCAUACUCGCCGUACUCCAUGAAGCGCGCGCUGGAGAACUCCGCCACGUACUUGGAGCACGUGGAGCCGUGGGCGCAGGGCUGUGGGCUGCUCAAUAUUGAGAAGGCAUUUGAGAUCCUCACAAAGUACCACGACCAGCCCGAGAGGGAUGUUACAUUUAACAUCAAGUGCGGCAACAACAAUGCCAAAGGCAUCUUCCUCCGGCCCAAGUUUGAUGACCCUCCCAAAGACAUUGCUGUUAUAAUCGAACCUCAGUUCCUUGAAGACCACACGGAUGAAGAAAACAAGUCCGUGAUCCCCAAGCAGAUCGCGUUCAGCGUGCGGCUGGCGCUGGCGUGCGCGGCGCCGUGGCUGGCCGCGCCCGCGCACCUGCACUGCGCCAACGCGCCGCGCGCGCUCGCGCUGCGCCUGCGCACGCACGACCUGCCGCCCGGCCCGCACUACGCCUGCGUGAAGGCGUACGACGUGUCGUGCGUGGAGAAGGGGCCGGUGUUCCGCGUGGCGGUGACGGUGCUGCAGCCGGCGGCGCUGCGCGGCGCCCCGCACGCGCCGCAGCUGGAGGAGCGCGACGUGCUGUUCCGCCCCUCCACCAUCAAGCGGCACAUCGUCAUACCGCCUAUGGAGGCGACGUGGGGCGUGGUGCGGCUGUGGCGGCGCGGCGGCGACUGCGGCGCGCGCUUCCUCGUGCACGCCAUGCAGCUGGCGCCGCGCCGCUCGUGCCGCGCGCACGACACGCAGCGCCUGCUCGCGCUGGCGCCGCACGCGCCCGCCGCCGCGCCCUUCCGCCUGCUCGGCGGCGUGACGCUGGAGGUGGUGAUCGCGAAGUACUGGGCGAGCCUGGGCGACAUCAGCGUGGACUACACGGUGGAGUUCCACGGCCUGAAGCCGGACUUCGGCGCGCGCCUCACGCUGGGCGCGGCGGCGCUGGGCGCCGUGCAGCUGGCGGCGCUGCGCCCGCAGGACGUGCAGCCCGUCGCGCAGCUCAAGUACAUCGAGCCCGUGUACAGGCCGUCGGAGUCUAAGCUGGUGCCGCUGACGUCGCGCGACGUGCUGCCGCCCGCGCGGCAGAUCUACCAGCUGCUCAACACGUACACCUUCCACAUACCCAAGGCUACUGAGGUGUCGCCGAUAGUGCCGAUGCUGUGUGACAUGCUGUACGAGUCGGAGUUCGAGUCACAGAUGUGGAUGCUGUACAACAGCUGCAAGCAGCUCAUACAAGUCGGUGACGCCUACCCCUCUAAGUACUCGGCAAAAGUGGAGAAAGGCGAGUACACGCUGCGGCUGUCCGUGCGCCACGAGAGCCGCGCGCUGCUGGAGCGCCUGGCCGAGCUGCCGGUCGCGCUGCAGCAGCGCCUGGCGCAGCCGCUGCCGCUCGACGCCUACUGCUCGCAGCCGCAGGCAUUAACCGGUGGCAAGAAGUUCACAUCGGCGUCGAUGGCGAGCGGAGACCUACUACCUCUGUACUUCACGCCUAUACCUAGCGAUAAGAUCAGCAGGUCGUCCCUGGCGGUGGGCGUGACGCUGACGGGCACGGUGACGUUCGCGAAGGACGAGCUCGGGCACAAGGCGGACGUGUACGCGCUGACGCUGGUGCCGUGCGAGGCGCCGCGGCGCGCGCGCGAGCCCGUCCGCCCGCCGCCGCGGCCGCGCGACGACUAUGCGGACGCGGUCAAGGACUUCGCGGCCGUGUGGCUGCCCAAGCUGGAGGGUGAAAAGCUUGAGCAGGUGUAUGAGGAAAUAUUAGAGAAGUUCCCGAACUACCUCGGCGCGCAUGUCGCGUAUCUGCACGCUAUUGACUCGCCGACUGAUCCCAAAAAAUUACCCAACGUGAACGAGGACCCCGACGUCACGACCGCGUGGUGCGAGCAGCUCAUCGCCAUAUCGGAUAAGGUUAUAAAACAAAUAGAUCAAGAUAAGCUGUUGGCGUAUUUAGGGAUGAAGAAUGACACUCGCAGCGAUGCGAAUAAAAUAAAACAGGAGCGCGAGAAGCAGAAGACGCAGCUGGUGGAGGCGCUGGCGCGGCGCGGCGCGGCGCUGUGCCGCCUGCGCGCGCUGGCCCGCGGCGCCUCGCGCGAGUCGCUGGCCGGCGCGCUCGCCGCCAACGCCGCCGACCUGCUCAAGUUCACCGACUUCGCCGACGCCAAGGCAAUCCACUACGGCGUGUGGCACUGCUUCAGCCUGGAACACUGGGGGAAGGCCAUCAAGCUCCUCAUCAAGAUCCUCGAGGAGAGACCAUCCAAGGAGGUGGAGGAACGCCUCAUACAAGCCUACCGACAGCUCGGCUGGGAGUUCCUCGCCACCACCACGACAGCCUCCCUCCCACUCAAAUAUCCAAACACAUACAGACCAUUC